CACUGAGUGUUGCCAGGCAACCGAGAACUCGAGUGGCCCCAUGCAAGCUGCACCGUCCUUUUCCCGUCUUUGUCCCACUUCCGGUAGAGGGUCAAGGGACUGGCGCCCAGAGGCAUGUGGAACUGUAGAAGGAGACUUGCUGGUCUGACUGAGUGAUUGGCACCUGCACUGCCAUGCAGAAGCUUUUCACCUGGAGUCGGAAGGGUGGAUCCCACGGCCCCUCGGCACACCUAGGACAGGCUAGUGUCAGUGCCGCCCAAUGGGGCUACCGCCUUCGAAAUAGAGAUUUAAAGAAACUUCACAAAGCUGCCUCGGUCGGGGAUUUGGAGAAGGUGAACUACUACCUCCAGGUCAAGAAACAUGAUGUGAACCUGCGGGACAGGCAGUACAGGACACCUUUGCACCUGGCCUGUGCUAAUGGAUAUUCAAAUAUUGUAUCCCUCUUAAUUGAGAAGCAGUGUAAAAUAAAUGUCUGGGACAGUGACAAUAGAUCCCCAUUGAUUAAGGCAGUACAGUGUGAAAAGGAACUUUGUGCUACUAUUCUUUUAUACCAUGGUGCAGACCCAAACCUGGCAGAUAAAGAUGGCAAUACUGCUCUUCAUUAUGCUGUCUGCGGUCACAGCAUCUCACUAGUCAAAAAACUGCUUAAACACAAAGCCGAUAUUGAAGUUCACAAUAAGGAUGGGUAUACUCCACUUUUACUUGCCAUUACUAAAAAUAAUACAGAAAUGGUAGAAUUUCUUCUGAAGAGAGGGGCAGAUGUGAAUGCUUCAGAUAAGGAUCAAAGAACAGCCCUUAUGAUUGCUGUCAGUAAUGAACCAACAAAUAUAGUUAGUAUUCUUCUUCAGCAAGAAGUGGACCUAUCUUGCCAAGAUAUUAUGGAUUCACGGCUGAGGAAUAUGCUUCUUUCAAUGGUUUAUCUAUAUUUCACCAAUUAAUUGCUAAUUAUGGAAAGGACAAGAAAGUUAAAAAGAUACACAAA